GCAGAAACGCAGCUGAACGGAGCUUAAAGGGCCAGAGAUGAAAGAACUUGAACAUGUUUCUGAAGGUUUAAGAUGUGUCUGAUGGUGGCCUCCUUACCUUAGUAAAAAAGAAGAGUUUUUCAAUUGAAGCUUAGAAUAUUUGUGCUCCAACUUUAUUAAUAUACUAACUGGAAUGGUGUUCUGACAACAGUUCUUCACAGGGAAGUACUUACUUACCCUGCUACAGAACAGUGUUGUUUUCUCUACUGAUAAUGCAACCCAAUGGAGGAAAGUAAUGUUUUGAUAGGGAUGCCUGAAGAUCGCUCCUUUCAUGUGCGAUACAGGAUGGAGGCUUCCUGUCUAGAGCUGGCGUUGGAAGGCGAGCGUCUGUGUAAAGCCGGGGAUUGCCGAGCUGGUGUAUCUUUCUUUGAAGCAGCUGUUCAGGUUGGAACUGAAGAUUUAAAAACACUCAGUGCGAUUUACAGCCAGUUAGGCAAUGCCUAUUUCUACUUGCAUGAAUAUACCAAGGCCUUGGAAUACCAUCACCAUGAUUUAACUCUUGCGAGGACAAUUGGAGAUCUACUGGGAGAAGCUAAAGCUAGUGGGAAUCUGGGCAACACCUUAAAGGUACUUGGGAAUUUUGAAGAAGCUAUUGUUUGUUGUCAAAGACAUCUGGAUAUUUCCAGAGAGCUUAAUGAUAAGGUUGGAGAAGCCAGAGCACUAUAUAAUCUGGGAAAUGUUUAUCACUCUAAAGGGAAAAAUGUAGCUAGUGCUGGAACUCACGAUCCAGGGGAACUUCCAGAUGAUGUGAAAAAUGCUUUACAAAAAGCUGCAGAUUAUUAUGAGGAAAACCUGACAAUAGUAACAGAGCUGGGUGAUAGAGCAGCACAAGGACGUGCCUUUGGAAAUCUGGGAAACACACACUAUCUUCUGGGCAACUUCAGGAGUGCAGUUUUAGCCCAUGAACAGCGUCUCCUAAUUGCAAAAGAAUUUGGUGAUAGAUCAGCGGAAAGAAGAGCAUACAGCAAUCUUGGCAACGCCUACAUAUUCCUGGGUGAAUUUGAAACUGCUUCUGAAUACUACAAGAGGACGUUACAGCUGGCUCGACAGCUUAAAGACAGAGCUGUGGAAGCACAGGCCUGCUACAGCCUUGGGAACACAUACACUUUGCUUCAAGACUAUGAAAAAGCUAUUGAUUACCACUUGAAACACCUUGUGAUUGCUCAGGAAUUAAAUGAUAAAAUUGGUGAAGGAAGAGCAUGCUGGAGUUUAGGGAAUGCAUAUACUGCUCUAGGGAAUCAUGACCAAGCUAUGCAUUUUGCAGAGAGACACUUGGAGAUUUCAAGAGAGGUAGGAGAUAGAAGUGGAGAACUCACUGCUAGACUUAAUCUCUCAGAUCUUCAGAUGGUUCUUGGAUUAAGCUACAGCACAAACAACUCCAUGAUGUCAGAAAGCCAGGCAGUAGAUAGGAGUCUGAAUGGUACCAGACCAAGAGUAGGACGCCGCCACAGCAUGGAGAACAUGGAACUUAUGAAAUUAACACCAGAAAAGGUUCAGAACUGGAACAGUGAGAUUCUUGCUAAACAGAAACCACUGGUUGCCAAACCUUCAGCAAAACUACAUUUUGUAAAUCGACUAAAAGGCAAAAAGUACAAAAACGGCACCGCUUCCAAAGUUUUGCAGGAUGCCAGUAAUUCUAUUGAUCAUCGACAUCCAAACUCUCAGAGGAAAAACAGUCGAGAGACAAUGGCAGAUGAAGGGUUCUUUGAUCUGCUGAGCCGAUUCCAGAGUAACAGGAUGGAUGAUCAGAGAUACCACUUCCAGGAGAAGAACAGAUUCUCAGCUGCUUCAGUGGCAAUGUCCUCUACUCCACCUAAAACAAUGAGAAAAUCUUUUUCUACUUCUGUAGUCUCACCGCACACAGAUGACUUCCUAGACCUGCUUGCCAGCUCCCAGAGCCGCCGGCUGGAUGACCAGCGCGCCAGCUUCAGUCACCUGCCCGGGCUUCGGCUGAGCCAGCACAGCAGCUGCUCGGUCCUCAGCCACCUCAUGGCAAGUAACAGCAGGGAACCAGACGAUGACUUCUUUGAUAUAUUGAUAAAAUGUCAGGGUUCCAGACUGGAUGAUCAAAGAUGUGCUCCUCCAUCAUCUGUGAAAGGACCAACUGUACCAGAUGAGGAUUUUUUCAGCCUGAUUUUACGGUCACAAGCUAAGAGAAUGGAUGAGCAGAGAGUCCAUUUACCUUCAACUAUAAAGGGACCAAAUUCCAGCUUAAGAAAGAAACAGGUGCAUACUGUACAGUAGCAUCCUAGGUAUCAUUUUUGUUUGCUGUAAAAACAUACAUGCCUUUUUACAGAAUAUUGCAAUUAGUAGUUUUGUCCCCUUUCUGAUAAUCUUUGUAUAAAAAACCAGGAAUUACUUGCCACUACUUUUUGCAGUGUCUGAGAUAUCAAUUACUGGAUCAUCUCCCACUUAAAUGUAUCUAGGCUAGGAACAGUAAUGUAAUUUUUUUCC